GUGACUUUAGUCUGUGAAAAGCGCUAUAUAAAUAUAUCUUACUUACUUACUAAUUCUAAAGAGAGCUACACAUCCAAUUUAAAGACACCCUGAGUAAGGGAAACAUUGUUGUUUUUCUUGAUAACUUAAAAGCUAAUUCAUCAACAUGCUUUCGGUCACAAUCCAUCUUUCUCUCAGGAUAAUGGCAAGUGCUAUAAACUGGGUUGGGACCUGGAGGCCCCACAAGCCAAGAGGGCCCAUAGCUGCCCUCUAUGGUAAUCCAGGACCCAAGUAUGCACUGCCUGGACUCGUAGGUUUUUCUAACCAUGACCCUACUAAACACAAAGCACCAAUAUUCAGCUUUGGGACACGUCGUGAACGCAGGUAUGAUUCAGAGGGCCCUGGACCAAAAUACCUCAUCCCUUCCAACAUCACCAGACUGGGCCGAGAUGGCACUCCUGCAUUUUCACUCCACAGCCGUCAAAAGGAGCUAGAAAAGUUCCAGGUCCCUGGACCAGGAAGAUACUCCCCAGAGCAUUCAGAAACGUUGCGCUUCCACUCUGCUCCUGCUUAUUCUCUGACUGGGAGGAGCAAAGACGUCAGCAAAAUCCAAACACCAGGUCCAGCCUCCUACUCUCUGCCCCCAGUGCUGGGGCUCAACACUGUGUUGACACCUGCAGCUCCCACCUUCUCAUUCCGUGGCCGCAGCAAAAUUGGAACCUUCUAUGAGGACCUGAAGAAGACUCCUGGCCCUGCUGCCUACAAAGUUGUUGACCCUCGUAUUUACGGACAAAAGCCUCCCCGUUUUAGCAUGACAGGGCGCAACUUCCCACCUGGUGAAAACACAAAGAAACCAGGACCUGGUGCAUACUAUCCUGAGGGGGUAACCUCCACAAGAGCCAAAGCUCCAAGCUUCUCUUUUGGACUGCGUCACUCGGAAUUCAUCGUACCCCUAAUUGUAGAGGUGCCUGAAUAAUGUCAAGUAUGACAUCUUGGAAAUUCCCACAGCAUUAAGUAAAAAAAAAAAAAAAAGCACAAUAAAGAACAAAAAGCAAACUGUGCAAGUUUAAUGAAAUCAGAUUUUAUUGCAAUGCCUAAAGGCCAUUUUGUAUCAGUACUUGUGACUUUUCAGGGUAUGAACACAAAGUAUUCCUUAUUUGAAAUUUGACGUAUGCAACGUAUUUUAGACCAUUGUCUUAGACCAUGUUUUUUUUCAAGGUAUCUAUUUCUUGUUGUUUUAGAAAACUGAUGAUUAUUUUGAUUUGAUAAUUAAAAUUUUCAGUAAGUAACUGUUAUAAAUUACUGCAGUUUCAUUUGUAAUCGGACAAGGCACCAAAAGCAUAACUAGAAGUAUAACUAGAAAAAAGUAAAAUUGAAUGUAGCCUGGGCUCCAAGGGAUGCAAGAGGCAAGUUGAUUCAUUACAAAAGUCUUUCUUGUAGCUGCCUUUAAGU